CUCUGAGACAUCUUUCUGGCACUGCUAGUGUGGUGAGCGCUGGUUGCUGAGGGUUUUGGUCCCAAUUGCUGUCAGUAGUGAUCCAGCCAUUCCCUAGUCCAGUGCGGCCGGGGUUCCCCGCCUCCAUUGAAGAACGGAGCCAUGGAAGACAAACCACUGGUAGUAUCUAAACAGAAGACAGAGGUGGUAUGCGGUGUGCCCACCCAGGUGGUCUGCACGGCCUUCAGCAGCCACAUCCUGGUUGUGGUGACCCAAUUUGGGAAGAUGGGUACGUUAGUCUCCUUGGAGCCCAGCAAUGUAGCCAAUGACAUCAGCAAACCAGUGCUCACCACAAAAGUCCUUCUCGGGCAGGACGAGCCUCUCAUCCAUGUCUUUGCAAAGAACCUGGUAGCAUUUGUGUCUGAAGAAGCAGGAGACAGAGCCGUCCUCCUGGCCAUGGCUGUGAAAGAGAAGAACAUGGAGAGGCUGAAGGCCUUGAAGGAGGUGAUCCGGCUAUGCCAGGUGUGGUGACCCACAGUCAGCAGUGCAAGACGCUCCGACAUGGCAGACUCUCUGUGAGCGAGGUCUUGGACACCCGUCUUUCCAGCACCAGGACAGAGCUCCUUCUCUGCCGUUAGCCCUGGAAACAGCCUUCUAGUCCCAGGGCAGUCUCCCUGCAUGGCUACUGUGUUCUGCCUGGGACACCGGAAACGGUUCUGGGCUGUGGCAGGUGCAUCCACUGAGUGGAAAUAGCGGCCAGUUAUGGGGACUGGUAACCCCCAGGUGUGCGGCAGCACUUGUGGGAAGACUUUUUUAUUAAAAAUAAAUCUAAAGUACUUGGCUGGCCUUCUCAGUGA